UAUCGCUCGGCAGACCAACGAAUAAAGGCGCUGAAACUGUCAUACUUGCUCAUUGCUUGCAUUAUACAAAGUUGGAUCUAUACCCUGACGUCUUCUGUGGAGUGACUUGGCGACGCUUGAGCAGUUUAUCUCACUACAGUGCACAGAGAGCUGUGAUAGUGGACCUUUGCCGACUGACAGUAGAGCAGCCAUUGGAGGCCUGUAGCCGGACAGGGCAGCAGGGACGGGGGCCAUGGAACCGGCGGAGGGGGAAGGCCGUACCUUUAUGCAAGCGAUCAGCGAGAAGUACAGCCCGGAGAACUUUCCGUAUCGCCGUGGCCCAGGAAUGGGGGUGGUGGUUGUGCCAGCCGGUCCACAAGGAUCACCGAUGAAAGACCGCCUCAACCUGCCCAGUGUUCUUGUCCUGAAUGGCUGUGGGAUCAGACACGCUGGAGAAGAGGGAGGGAUCGCUGCCUUCUGUGCUCAUGUAAUGGAGCUGGAUCUGUCUCACAAUAAGCUUCAGGACUGGAAUGAGAUCAGUAAGAUUGUGUCCAACAUCCCAAACCUGGACUUCCUGAACCUUAGUUCGAACCCUCUUCAUGAGGCUGUCCUGGAGCCAAACUGUGCAGAGGCCUUUUCCAGAGUCCGCCGUCUUGUCCUCAACAACACUCAAGUGUCCUGGGACACUGUGCACGUGCUCACUCGAGAGCUACCAGAACUGGAAGAGCUGUUCCUGUGCCUUAAUGAGUACUCCACUGUGUCACCAUCGCCUGUGCCCUGCCCUUCACUGCGACUGCUGCACAUCACAGACAACAACCUCCACGACUGGGCUGAGGUGCGCAAGUUCGGCUCCAUGUUUCCCGCACUGGACACCCUGGUCCUGGCCAAUAACAAUCUGAGCUCCAUUCAAGACUCUGGAGAUGUUAUGAGACGUCUCUUCCCCAACUUGCGCAGCAUCAAUUUGCACAACACAGGUCUAAAUCAGUGGGAAGACAUUGAGAAGUUGAACUUCUUGCCUAAACUGGAGGAGGUGAGGCUGCAGGGUAUUCCAUUACUCCAAGCCUAUACAAACACAGAACGGCGGAGCCUCAUGAUAGCACAGUUGCCUUCUGUAAACUGCCUAAAUGGGAGUGCAGUGACAGAUACCGAAAGAGAGGAUGCAGAAAGGUUCUUCAUUCGAUACCAUCUAGAUUACUCAGAAGAGGAGCUACCUUACAGGUAUCAUUGUUUGGUGACAAAGUAUGGGAAGCUCGCUCCACUAGCAGAGAUAGACCUGCGACCACGCUGUCAUGCCAAGGUUGAGGUUCACUGUGAGGACAAGGUGGAAGAGGUGAGUAUUCGUCUGGACCAAACAGUGGCAGAGCUGAAGAAGCAGCUGAGGACAGUGACGCAGCUUUCCACCAACAACAUGCGCCUCUACUACAUUGAUAAAGAUAUGUGUUCUGCCUUCGGACCAGAGGAGAUGAAGUACAGCACACGGGCUUUGCACUCAUACAGCAUCCGUGAUGGAGAUGAGAUUUUGGUCGUCCCAAAGUCCAAAUAAGUUUUGUGCAAGAAUUUAUAAAAGGUCUUGGAAAUGUAUUAUACCCAUAUCCUGUAACCAAAUCUGUCCUGACCUCUUCCCCCAAGACCUGUCUCUGACACCAUUUCAAGCACCGCAUUCUGCGUGGGAUGCUCUUUCAGGAAAAAAAAAAAAAAAAAACAGUCACUCAUAGAUCAGAUUUGGAUCUUGAACAGCUUUUUACUGUGUUUCAAGGACCCCUCAGAAUUAACCUUCGAUUCUCUAAGUAUGAACCAAAAGCUAUACGCUUUUCUUCAUUUGUCCCCGCACCCAAUGUCUAAGAGUGAUUUUUUUCCUGUCCUCCUGAAAGCUGUGGCAGUACAUCAGGAAAAAAAAAAAUGUGUUUUCCAGGCGAUUGAAAAAAACAUGAGCUUUGGCCAGCCCAGGAAGUUCAUCAUGAGACAAUCACUCCCUGCUCUUCUUUCUGAUUGUUUGCAACAGGUCCAGAAAAAGACACGGCACCCCAUAGACGAGCUCUUAGAUUGGACCGUUGCCUGCAUAAUGUGUUGUUAAUGCUGGGUGGACCUAUGGCUCUAAGGCCAUAUCUUACAGAUGGGUGAUAGUGACCUUGAUGUACACUGAGAUCAAGCAGUGGUUAAUUUGAGUUGUUUGUUUCCUUUUCCUUGUUUUUGUUUUUUUUAUUUGUUCUUUUCGGAAAGGAGUGGACACAAUUAUUGCUUGAAAUCAUUAGCGUAUAGUGAGGAGCUGCAUGAGUGUGCUUUGUAUGUGCUAUUGUCAGUUGCUAUAUUAUUUUAUUGAUAUUGCUUAGGGAUUAGUCAUCCUCAAUGGGGUUUUCUACUAUUAAUAACUUGCCUUGCAAGAGUGAUAAGAGCUAAUUCUGAUUUUUCAUUCUGAUUUUGCAUUUUCAACAUUUAGUUCGGGAUGAAAGCAUAACACACAGUCUGGUGUCCACCAAAGAUUCAUUUGCUAAUUUGGUAUCUUAUCAUUGUUUAUAAAAGUGGUCUUGUGGGUGAGGGACUAAAUGAUUAGUGCUUUUAUUUAAUUAUCAAAAUAGAGAUCGGCAACAAUUGUUUAGGUAAU